CUGUUGCCCCCAUCCCGUGUAGAUACUGUGUUUGUCUAGUGGGGCAAGUUGCAUCCCACACAUUACUGGGUAAAGCUAUCUUGAUGUUCAAGUGUGGCCCUUAGCUCAGGGCUUUCACUUCAUAAUGGAUGCCUCAGCUCCUGGUGACUCUGACCAAGAGAAGGGAAGUGUGAUGAUGUCGAGGGAGCUGGAGUCCAGUUGCCAUGAAGGGAACACCCUGGCACAUCAUUACUAUAUCCUGGGUACCCUAGAUCAAGGGUCCUUUGCCCAAGUCAAAGUGGCUGUCCACCUUAUGACCCAGACCAUGGUAGCCAUCAAGAUAUUGAAAAGGGGCCCAAGUAUAGACUUUCUAGUAAAGUCCGAGAUUGAUAUUAUGAAACGCUUACAUCACAGUAACAUAAUACAGCUUUUCCAGGUUAUAGAAGCAAGGUAUAAAACCUAUCUGGUGAUGGAAUACGCAUCCCGGGGAUCUCUGAGGAAACACAUCAGCAAGUGUGGGCGUCUGGAUGAGGAAGAGGCACGCAGCAUAUUUAGGGAACUGUCUUUGGCCGUCCACUAUAUCCACAGUCAGAAUAUUGCCCACCGAGACAUCAAGGCUGAGAACAUCCUAUUGGAUAGGGAGGGGCAUGUGAAACUCAUUGACUUUGGCUUAAGCAAAAGACUGGCUGCUGGGGAAAAAUGUAAAGGCUUUUGUGGCACAGUACAGUAUUGUGCUCCUGAAGUCUUGGAUAAAAAGGAGUAUAAUGUCCUUGCAACCGACAUAUGGAGCAUGGGAAUCGUAUUAUAUUAUUUAGUUGUGGGCCACCUUCCCUUCACAGAGACAGUGCUCUCUGAGUUAAAGUAUGAAAUCCUAUACAGGAGCUGCUGGAUUCCAUAUCAUCUGUCACCAGAGAUUCAAGACCUAUUAAAGGGAUUAAUGGCAAAAGACCCCACAAUGAGGCCAUCCAUAAAUGAAAUAUUGACACACCCAUGGCUGUGCCAUGAUCAAGACAAAUUGAGAUCCUCAGAGGAAAUUCCCAGAGACCCAGACCCGAACAUUGCAUUUGCAAUGUUUCAGAUGGGGUGCAAGAUUAAAGAACUCAGAGAUGCUUUAAGGGAACAGAAGUAUAGUCCAGCCAUGGCGACAUACUUGAUUAUAAAACAGAAGUCUACCUGGCAGCCCCAGUUUUAUCAUGAUGGAGGCCAUGGUGGUUUACUGGACCCUACAAAAGCUGCCAACAUUAAUGUGACAUUGAGAAGGGUAAACAGUGCCCAUAGCCUUUCCAUCGUCCCUUCACACACACGCUCUAAGCUGCUUGCAGAUGGGAGGAAAGGCUGUAAGAGGAGGCAUAGUGUGCCUCCCAGCCUUUCUUGCCAUGACUGUAGCUUCAUGGACAACACCUCCCCACUGCGAUGGCUUAUGCCUCACAUUGGAAAGGGAAGAUUCAGAGAGAAGGAGGGCAUCAGCAAUUCCACCACUUCAUCAGGGAAAAGGAAGUUAAUGACGACGACGACGACGAUGACAACAACAACAACAACAAUAAAAAUAACAACCACGUCGUCAGGAACGACAUACUCACUGUUCACAUCCUCACAAUCCUCAGCUUUUGACAACACGCAAGAUGUGGCCAGUGAGAGUGCUGAGUCUACAGACAAAAGUAGCAGCUCAUCAUCUUGGGGGUCCACAACCAGGAGCCCCUUCCCCAGUGCAAAAUUCCAGCAAGAGAAUAUAGGCACAAGUAGCAGCACAUGGUCUUGGGGUUCCACAACCAGGAGACCCUUCCCCAGUGCAAAAUUCCAGGAAGAGAACAUAGGCACUGAAUCCCUCCAAGAGAGUAGCUCAUCCUCCAGCACAACAGACCAUCAGGAGCAGCUCCGAAGGAGGUCCCAGCCUGUGCCCAGAAUGCCACUGAGAAUGCGGGUCUGGAGGGGCCUGAAGAAGAGGGUUUCCAAUGCCUUUAGGAGCUUGUGUUGCUGCCUCCCCGUGGGAAAUAGUGAAAUAGUGCCAGUCGAUGAAAAGUGCUUCAGAGACACAGGCUGAUACAAUGCUGUCGGAGGCCCUGUCGUCCCUGGAGGAUGAUACCAGAGUGAAGAGGAGCUUGCUGAGGAUACAGACAGGAGCAGGGAGGAGAGAGCCAGCUUUCUAGGAGGUCUGGGAAGCCAGGAUGGACCUUGUUCACCACUUUGUCAAAGUAUACAAAGCCAUGUACAAGGUGAGGCUUACCUAUGGACUGCAAUUAGAGGAGAUCCAAGGGAAGGUCUGAAGUUCUUGCCACUAGAGACCAGAGAAGUUGCUGAUCUCCUUCAUGGAAGAGGCUCCUAUGAUUGAUACAGAGGUAGGGCAAAGGCAGACCCACAAGUGAGUGGGUUUAGAUGAACAAGAAAGAUGCACACUGAGCAUCUUAUCCUGACCAGGAUUUGAAGAGAACACUGUGUGAGGCAGCUUGAAGUACUUCCUCCCUAGGAACAGUUCCUUUCUGUUCUGGCAGGAGUCAAGUGACCAAGAACUGAUCAGUUUCUAAGGACCCUGUGUCUGGGUGAAGAUCCGCUACCCAGGAUGUGGACAGAGAGCUGGGUGACAUGCUGUGCCUGCAAAAGAAGUGUUACCAAGAAGCUCCACACAGCAACCUGGCAUACCCCCUUUUUCC